GAUUAAAUUAAAUUAAAGGUGCGGUGUUGUGCAUGUUCGCCACGAGGCGCGCGGACGUACGGCUAUGGACACUGUCAGUCAUUUUGGCCGCCGCCGCCGCCGCCUCCUCCUUCUUCUUCACAACACCCAACCCAAUGCUACUACCCGCAGAGAAAUAGAGGCAUGGAAGGUAAUAGGUAUAUGGAGAGGAAGAGGAAGUAUCUUUCCACCAUUGCCAACGACGUCGUUCGGAGAUGUGCUAGGAAUUUUGUCGGUGCAGGCACCUUGAUACUUGUGUUGAUGCACUGAUUGAACAAUUUGACAAGGAGUGGGAGGCUCUACCUCAGUCUGAUGAUGGGUAUUCCAGAAAAUUAGUGGAGUUUUGUUGCUCCAAAGCAGUUAAAAUCAUGAUAUGUGGUGGUCUGGAUGAGACUAUUAGUGACGGUUCAUUUAGCAGAUUCACGUUUGAUAUGAUGCUUGCUUGGGAAAUGCCCACCUCUGCCCAGGAAGCAUCUUAUACUCUCACUGAAUCUGUUCGGAAAGAGAGAGAGGAGAAGUUGGUUUUGAGCGGAACAGAUGAGUUUCAGGACGAUAUUCCUCUUUUCUAUUCUGAUCUUUUGCCACUACUUGUAGAUGGAGAGCCCAGUGUUGGUGCAGAUGCAUUUGUAUGGCUGGCAAUCACUGUUCCAUUGGUUGUCGACACCGUCAAUGGGAGGUUUACUUUUGAGACAUUGACUUCUCCUACAGGGAAUCGCCUUCACUAUCCAGCUUAUGACAAGUUUCUAAAAGAGAUCCACAAAUGCAUGAAGCAUUUGCAUAAUCAGGAAACUCCAAAGGGGAUAGAGCUAACAGAUGGUGAAUUUAUCUUACACGUCGAGGGAACUCCAACUUCACAGCGAGUCGUGCGCCAUAUUGGAGGAACAAGCUGGCCUGGCAGGUUGACACUGACAAACAAUGCUCUUUACUUUGAGGCAUCGGGUGUUGUAUCGUAUGAAGAUGCAAUGAAACUUGAUCUUUCGAAGGAUACUGAGCAGAACGUGAAACCCGCAGCAACAGGCCCUUGGGGUGCUCCACUCUUUGACAAAGCUAUAGUUUAUGAAGCUUCCGAUUUGCAAGAAGCUGUUGUCUUAGAAUUUCCGGAGAUGACUAGCUCCACAAGACGUGAUCAUUGGCUGGCUCUUAUAAAGGAGGUUAUGUUACUACAUCGGUUCUUGUCGAAGUUCAAGGUCGAAUCAGUUGAAAUGUGGGAGAUGCAUGCAAGGACCAUUUUGGGGAUAAUUAGACUUCAUGCAGCAAGAGAAAUGCUUAGAAUUUCGCCUCCGGAGCCCAAAAACUUUCUGAUAUUUGUGUUGCUGGACGAAUUGCCCAAGGGGGACUAUGUAUUGCAGGAGCUUGCCCAGACUCUAAACAACUUAACUACUCGACACCCAUGCACUGCAACUUCAAUUCUCAACAACUUUAAUAUUUCCCGAGCUUCUAUUCCUUUUGUGGACGACACUCAAGAGAUCAAUGCCAACAACAGUGAAAUUGUCCGCCCCGAAAAUAUUUCGUCUUUGGAAAGCGCUGUGAACAGAGCGCGGGAGGAAGGAAAAGAAAUGGACAUGGCAAAAGCUACUGCUGUGAGCAUAAAAGAGGAAGGUAUAAGCGAGAGUGCCCAAGUUCUUUUGGGGCUGCUGAAACCACUUUUGAGAAUAGUAGUACCCUUUGCUCGAAGAAUUUUUACGUGGGAACAGCCUGGGACAACUUGUAUUGUGAUGAUUGCAACUCUGGGAAUCAUUUACAAAGAGCUGGUCGGCUUGUCUUUUUCUGCCUUCUUGUUGUGUGGGGUUGCUAAUAUGCUGUGGACAAGACAGAAGAUGAUUCCAGAAGAGCAUGAAAAAAUUUGUAUACAGAGUGGACCCGAUCAGGUUACCAUAGAGAGCAUUGUGUCCGCCCAACAUGCGCUGAGAAGUAUACACGAAAUAAUGCAGCUUGUGAACAUAACAGUACUUAAGAUAUGGUCAGUACUAAUCUCAAAAGCCCCAAAGCACACGAAUAGGGUGAUGAUGGUUAUGACAUUUUUGGCGGCCGUACUGGCGAUGGUUCCUUUAAAGUUCAUUGUGAUAGCAAUGGUGCUGUGUUUCUUCUUUGGGAAGCAGCUGCAGAGUGAGAAGGGUAAUCGACGGUUGAGGGAAUGGUGGGAGUCCAUUCCUAUCAUCCCAGUGGAAAUUGUGGACAAAGGCUGAAAAUAAGGCAAGCAUCAUUUGUUUUUAUGCUUUGCCUUUUCAUUAUAAGCUGCUGGGCGAUUGCAUUGCAUUGUCUUCUUUUGGUUGUGCCCUUGUUGCUACAGCAACCUGCCAUUGUCGUCAUUGUCUAGCUGCUGCAGUUGAGUUGUUGCUGUUGCCAUUUUCCAGUCAUCUCCUUAUGGCAUGUUCCUUGGGUUGGGUUUGGUUUGGUUUGGUUUGUGUUUCUCCUAGGUAUUGGACUCUAGUUAUUCAACUACUGCUUCUUGUUAUGGCUUGAGUUAGACAUUAGGAUUUGUUGAAUUUGAAGUUUUUAUUUCUUUCUAGUAAUCUGUGAGUAAUUGUGUUUUUAUGAUCUGAUUUUAUUCUAAAUUGGCUAAUAA